AACCGAACCAAAAUAAAUCAGAUACUAAAGUAUGUCAUCUGCAAUAAAAAUAUAAACAGAAGGAGAAAUCCUUGUUUAUCGGAGAAAUAGGAAAUGUUUAUCAGUUUGAUUGUGUAAAUAUGAAGUGAAUAUAAACAGGAGUUUUGUUCAGUUAAAUAUUUUUAUCUAUAGAUGCACAAAAGUUUCAAUAACACAAAAUGAAAAUACGAGAUUUUAUCAAAUCGUUUCGAUUUCGAAAAGGAAGGCAAAUUUCGACAACAAAUUUGGUUUCUUUUGAAGCAUUUUACGACGAUAGGGGUAACAAAUUUUCCGAUUUAAAAGAUUCUUGCACAAAGUCCAAUCUAUCUCCGUCCCAGAAUGAAGAAUAUAUUGGUGGUUAUGUACGUUUUAAAGAAACGAGUGAAGCAAAACCAGUAUUCCGUCCUAGUCUCCCUAUAAUACUGGUGAUUUUCAUUCUAAUAUCUGUUUUUAUAAUACUACCGAUAAUAUAUCUAAUUAAUUGCUUUAGAUUCACUUUUGACAAUCAAGAUUUUUAUCAUCGUAAUUCUCCAGCUAUCUACAGUGAUACAAAUACUAAAGAGCCUAAGGAACAAACCACAAAAAGACCUUGGAAGUUACACGAUCUACCAGUUCCUCCAGCACCUGAUUACAACCAAUGCAAAUUAUUAACUGAUUUAGAUAAAUUCGAUUGUUUUCCAGAAGAUGGUGCCAAUGCUGAGAAAUGUGAAGCUAGGGGAUGCUGCUGGAUUCCGAGGAAUAAAUCUGUAUUAUCGCAAGCUCCGCUUGAUGUGCCGUAUUGUUUUUAUCCUCCAAAUUAUAAUACUUAUAAAGUGGUAAAUAUUACAGAGACCAGUUUUGGUCUAAUAGCUUUUUGGAGGAGACAGUAUAGGACGGCAUAUCCUGAUGAUGUGGAUGAAUUAAAGAUGAUUGUUAAGUAUGAAACAGAAACAAGACUACGUGUAAAGUUUGUAGAUCCAAGUAGCUUCAGAUUUGAAUCACCUUACCCAGAAGUACCAAUUGUUGAUAAGGCGUCGUUAAGUUUGUCAUAUGUUAUCCAAAUUAACACGUUCAAAUCUGGAUUUAAGGUGUUAAGAAAAAGUGACAAUGUUACAAUAUUUGACUCAAAUAACUUCCUAAACUUCAUCUAUUCGAAUCAAAUGCUACAAAUAAGUUCAAAAUUGCCUUCAAAAUAUAUUUAUGGUAUUGGAGAGCAUAGAUCAAAUCUUCUACGGUCAACGGAAUGGUCCAAGUUUACACUAUUCAACCAUGAUAUGAUUCCUACAGAUAAUAAAAAUCUGUAUGGAAGCCAUCCUUUUUACUUAAUGAUUGAGAAUUCGACAAAAAGCCAUGGAGUCUUUUUACUUAAUAGUAAUGCAAUGGAUAUCAUUUUACAACCGACUCCUGCAAUAACAUUCAGAACAAUUGGAGGAAUCUUUGACUUCUAUUUUUUCUUGGGACCAACACCCAGCGACGUCAUCAGCCAAUAUACAGAUCUAAUCGGUAGACCUUACAUGCCUCCGUACUGGGGUCUGGGAUUCCACUUGUGCAGAUUCGGUUACAAAACUUUGAACAAUACUAGACAAGUCAUGCAGAGGAAUAUUGAUGCUGGAAUACCAUUAGAUACCCAGUGGAACGAUCUAGACUAUAUGAACGACAGCAACGAUUUUACAUACAAUCGAGUAAAUUUUAAAGAUUUGCCAAGUUUUGUAAGAGAGUUGCAUUCCAGAGGAAUGCAUUACAUACCUCUAAUUGAUCCAGGUGUUAGUGCUAGUGAACAACCAGGUACCUAUCCACCCUAUGACGUAGGAAUAGAAAUGGAUAUCUUCAUAAAGAACUCGAGCGGAGAGCCCUUUGUAGGGAAGGUGUGGAAUAGAGUUUCUACUGUAUGGCCUGACUUUACCAAUCCCAACGUCGUAGACUACUGGACCUUGAUGUUAAAGAACUUACACAAAGAAAUCCAAUUUGACGGUGCUUGGAUCGACAUGAACGAACCUUCCAAUUUUCUGUCGGGCUCCUUCAACGGCUGUCCCAACUCGAGUCUGGAAACACCACCAUACUUUCCUGACAUUGACGGUGGCGUGAUCAACUACAAAACUGUGUGUAUGACUGCUAAACAAUACGCAGGCUUACAUUACAAUGUCCACAAUUUGUAUGGAUUAACAGAAGCGAUAGUUACUAAUUUUGCAUUAGCAGAAAUCCGUGGCAAAAGACCGAUGGUAAUAUCACGUUCAUCAUUUUCUGGACUCGGCCAUUAUGCAGGACAUUGGAGUGGAGAUGUGUGGUCUUCUUGGGACGAUUUGAAAUUUUCUAUACCAACAAUCUUGUCCUUCAGUUUGUAUGGUGUUCCUUUGAUGGGGGCCGACAUAUGUGGAUUUAAUGGAAAUUCCACCGCCCCAUUAUGUAAUAGAUGGAUGCAACUAGGAGCUUUUUAUCCGUUUUCUAGAAACCAUAAUACCGACGAUGGAAUUGAUCAAGAUCCGGUUGCGUUUGGACCACAAGUUAUCGCCUCUUCUGUAAAAGCGCUAUCGGCAAGGUAUUAUCUCUUGCCUUAUUUAUACACCUUGUUCCACAAGGCGCAUGUAAACGGUGAAACUGUAGCAAGACCACUAUUUUUUGAGUUUCCUCAAGAUAAAAAUACUUAUGAAAUUGAUACUCACUUUUUAUGGGGUUCUGACUUACUGAUUGUUCCUGUAUUAAAGGAAAACGAUGUAAAAGUAACUGCUUAUAUCCCUAAAGGUAACUGGUAUAACUUUUACACCCUCGACGGAUUUUAUAGCAAAGGUGAAAAUUUCACUCUUGAUGCCUCUCUUGACACGAUACCGUUGUUGGUUAGAGGUGGAGCAAUCGUUCCGUUACAGAAACCGAAAAAUACUACUACAGACUCCAGAAAGUCAAAACUCGAAUUACUCAUAGCGAACGAUGAGAGGAAAUCUGCUUCAGGUGAUCUGUAUUGGGACGACGGCGAUUCUCUGAAUUCUUACAAAGAAAAACAGUAUUCAUCACUCAUGUUCGAACUCGAAGAAAACACCCUACGUUCCUAUGCUACUUUCAUCGGAUCUGAAAUACCACCGAAUCUUGACAGAAUUGCUGUACUGGGAAUUGAAGACAAUGUAAAAGAAGUUGUGGUUAACGGUGCUAGUCAUAAGAAUUUCGAUUACAAUUCUACAAAUAAGUACUUAAAUAUCGACAAAUUGGAUAUACCUCUUCAAUCUCCUCUGGUUAUUUCGUGGAAAUAACUCAAAUAUUAUUAUAUAAGUAUAUUUAUUAUUUUUCUUCUGUAUUUCUCAUUACUCAUUUUAUUACCAU